CUCAAAAGAUAAGGAUACAAAGAAAAAUAUUGCUGUGAAAGAAAACAAAGAUACCGAAGGUUCUGAAGAAACGGAGGAACUGAAGAAAACUUUUGACGAACACUUGAAGGAGAAAGAAGAAUUUGAAAUGCUGAUAAAGAAACAGGAAGCGGACUUAAAGGGACAGUUGAGUGAGAUGGAUGAGGUGAUGGGGGCUGUCCAUUCUGAGCAUGCUGACUUAGAACAGGUGACUGGAGAUUUUGCUAAUACAAUGAAAUUUUUAAACAGUUACAAGAAAGAAGCCGCUUAUACCAGAGCAAAGAAUGUAGAGCAAGGGUUUAAUUUAGGUAUUUUACAGUCUGAAAAUUCAGACUUGGAAAAGGAGUUAAGGGAGUUGUAUGAUAAUAUAGAAGAAAUCAAGGAAAGGCGAUCUGAAGGAUUGCAAAGUUUGAAACAAAGGACUGAUGAAAUGAAACGAGAAACAGAAAUGCUAAAAAAUGGAAAUAAUGAGAUUGAUGCCAGUACGAAACAGAAAAUGGGUGAAUUUAAUGAAUUAAGAAUGACUGUAAUGGAAAAAGGCAUAACGUAUGUCAAAAAGGGCACACUUGUUAAAGGGACUGGAAAAGUUCGUUUACCCGAUGUUCUUGCGAGCGAGUCUCCAUCAUUGGAAACACCAAAAAAGCUUUCGUCGGACUUAGCUCUAGACCUUACAAAUAUUGACAAUGUUCCACCUGAUAUUGGGGCACCAAGAUGUGACACUCCGAAAGUAAAUGAGACUGGAGAAUUAUCAAAAUACGAUAGUGAGCAAUAUAUGGAUGAAAAAGAUAAAUCAGUAAUGCCUGCAAGACAAAUGUCGGCUAUUGAAUUAGUACGACUACCUGGAGCCCGUGAUGGACGCUCGAAAAUUCCGAAACCUAUUGUUCAUCCCUACGGACGUGCUUCUAGAGACAGCGAAAGAUAUACUGUUUCUGAUAAGGAGUAUACAAAAAUGACCUUGAGCAGGCAUUAUAAAAGAAACAAUUUCAUGCCAGAGGAUGAGAGACAUGUUAUAAAGCCAACAUUGUGCUAUAUCAACCCUGAUAUUGAACUUCGUAGACUAAAAGGAGACGAAUCCCAGUGCAACACUGAGCAAGUCGAUGAUUGUAUGGAUAUUGAACUGCCCAUCAAAAGUCCAUUACGGGAUAGCCUUGAAGAGUUUGUACAAUUGGAAAAAUAUUUCAUUGAAGAGGAGAAAAGAAGAAAUGAGCAAUUGAUCAAGAUGAAGUCAAAUGAGGGUUCAGAAUUGAUAAAGUGCAGUGAAGAUACAGAAGUCAAAAAGCCAAAGAAUAUCAUUGCCAAGGUGAUGAAUCAGUUUAGAGUAAAACGAUCCUCAAAAGAUAAGGAUACAAAGAAAAAUAUUGCUGUGAAAGAAAACAAAGAUACCGAAGGUUCUGAAGAAACGGAGGAACUGAAGAAGACUUUUGAAGAGCACUUGAAGGAGAAGGAAGAAUUUGAAAUGCUGAUUAAGAAACAGGAAGCGGACUUAAAGGGACAGUUAAGGUAUUUGUUUAACAAUUAA